AUGCCCCGUCGAGUUGUUUCGAGAGUCAUUUCUCUGGAACCACUGCAUGUGAUUCGAGCGAAAGAUAAAAGAGCACGGGAGCUUGCCUGGUCCAGAAGAACCAUUCGCGAUCUGACGACCCUUCCUGAGCCUGAAUCUUCAACCGAAAAGACAGCCAAAGAGGGGAAGUCGAGCAAGGAGCCGAGCGAUGUGAACAGGGAGCAGAUGUCAGCUACAAGUACAAAGUCCGCUUCCGAUUCGUCACGACCGGCGGAUAUUGCUCAUGAAGUUGAUUUCCCCGAGCACGCAAUAUCCACGGCACCACACCAAAGGCUGGACGGAGACUGCGAUUUGCCUUCUAACAAUGGUUUAAUUGACGCUAACGCUACGAAUGCUGAAUCAAGCGCCGGCGCGGCCCCACCAAGCAGAUUGAUCUUUGAUACAGACAAAGAAAAUUCAUUCGCAAUCAAGAUCCAGAACAUGGACCAGGCUAGUGUCUUAAAAGACGUCGCGUCCUCGAGCAAUGAAGUACCAACUCCUGGGCCUCGUGGAAAAGGAAAAUUGUCCGAGCCAAGCAAGCGAGACUCUACAUUUUCACGUCCCAGACGGUCUACCCGAAAGUCGUAUGUAUUGCCUCCAGAACUUGAUGUCGACUGGGAUGAAGAUAUCCGGCCCACGGAUCACGAAAUGGACAAAUUUGACGGUCAUGGAGAAUCCGCGUUGAACUCGACGGAUCCGGAGUAUAAGAAAUCCGAGGACAGGAAAUCCCCCAAACGAAAGAGACGACAAUCCGGGCCAAACUCAUCGAAACGCCGGAAGAGUAUCAACAAGAAACCCAAACCCAUUAGAAAAGAAGGAGACCGACGUCUCCAGUGGCCAUUGACGGCUGAACCUAUCGUCAUUCCUCAAGUAGGGGUAUCCGGCCCCCACACAAGUUCUAGUUCGAGGCCCCUCGAUGGACAGUCUGAAGCUGCUAGUACCCAAGGCACCGCGCAAAUGCCCAGAAGCUGUUUCCCCAACAUUAGCGUAGAUCAAAAUCAAGACCACAGCAAGGCCGCUGUUGAGAAACACAAAGUCAUUAAGAUAUCCAGUGACUCAUUGCCAUCCUCCAAACAAUCAAGCCCUGAAUGUGAUAUUGAUCGACAGAGCAGUCAUAUUUCCCCUGCGUCCGACCUCAACCAAGGAAGAGGCAAAGUUGUCGGCACGAAGCUUUCCGAUGCACUUCGUGAUGCUGGAAUCUCCUCGGGACACACCAUGGACCCUGCAACACAGCCUAACCGGCGAUCCGAGACUACAGUUGACUACAAGAAUGCUAAUAUUUCCACUCCACACAAGCCGUUGGCCCAUAGCUCUUCAUAUCGAGACUCAGGGGUGACUGAAUCUAGCAUGAAUCAAGGACAGUUUGCGUUAGAUUCGGACCGGCUAGUCUCAGACUCGCGAAUGAUCCGAGCAGACUAUCUGAAUCUCCCGGUGACAAUGAACCUACACGGACUGUUCAACAACCAAGCUUACAUUGAGAUCAAUGAAAAUUCUGAUGAUGCGACGCAUGCCCCGAUGGCUCGGGCAAUGGAAUGUCAAGAAAUUGCUGUUGGGGACCUAGCGAGUUCACAAGAUUAUGCCCAUACCACAGGAAGCAAAGCAGAUGCCUCUUCGCACAGCUCACCCGCAGCGGAAACUGACCGUCGAGCCACAUUAACUAUCCAGGAGACUCAAGGCCAGAACACACCUGAAUCCGAGAAACCUCUGCUAACCAAAGAAACGCCCCUCAAAUCGCGUCCUCAGUCAGCCCCAAGAAGUAUUCUUGUAGAUGGCAAUGGGAGCCCUCGACUCGCCAACCAGCAGAACGAAAAAAUCCAGGCGCCUCUUUUCAUGAAUGACUACACGGGGAGCAUUCAUCUGACUGGUGUUAGCUCCAGCCCCAGCGACUACGAUCAAAGCUCUGAAAUGUACUCCCCUGGCGAUACACCUGAGAGCCAACGGACAUGGUCCAAGUUCCACCGUGACAUGGUAGCAGAGUUCGGCAUUGAUGCAGAGCAACUUCUCCAUGAUGGAGACCGACCCAUCUCUUUCAGCAAAACGUCUAUUUCCAAUACCGCCACAUAUGAGGCUAGUCACAUUGAUCGUCAGCACACCGAUAAGUUUUCUGAGGGCAAGCCGAUCAUUCAUCCACGACGUACAGAUGGUACUCCUCCAGAGACCAGAACUUACAUUGCUCAUGAGAUGACCUCUGCGAUAACCACCACAUUAUCAACGGGCCCUAUCACCGAGAUUGGACUAUGUGCAAGGAAUCAUACAGAUGAUCAUCUUGAAGAUCCCUCUCUUUUGAGAGCUUCGGGCCCAUCUUGUCCCGGACUGGAGCCACGUCGAUCGCUUAUGCAAGGUGACGCCAAUAACCUGGAAUGGAUCUCUGCUCUACAAACGGCGCAAAGAAGUGCGCACGAUCUGCUACAACAAUUGUCCACUCAACUUGCAGCCGAGCAAGACACGAUUCGAGACGUGCUGCAGAUCUAUCGAACGGGAUGCCAUCGUAUUCUUGACGACCUGUUCCAAGCACAAGAGGUGCGGAUGGAGUUGUACCGACAGCAGAUGUCGUCAGUCAAGGAGCAACACACACAGAUUUGCCAAGAGCUCAUUCGAGGGCUUCAAGAGCUGGACGAUCGAGUGCAAGGACCCUAG